AUGAGCAAGACCGAAUUGCAGCUGGCUGAGGUCGAGAAAAUCCCGGUCCUCGGAUCCGACAGCAUCGUGUGCGGGUUCCACCUAACCGACUAUAUCUGGCACGACAUUUUCACUAACCUCACCAAGGCGUCGACGUACGUGCUGAUCACCGACACCAACCUGGCACCACUGUACCUCCACAAGUACCAGGAUAGCUUCGCGCGCGCAUGGGCAUCGAUCAACGGCUCCAAGGCGUCGCCGCGGCUGCUGGUGCGAGUGCUGCCGCCGGGCGAGACGAGCAAGUCGCGGGCGACUAAGGGCGAGAUCGAGGACUGGAUGCUCUCGCAGCGCUGCACACGCGACACGAUGGUGCUGGCGCUGGGCGGCGGUGUGAUCGGCGAUCUGGUAGGGUUUGUGGCGGCGACGUUCAUGCGCGGGGUGCCGUUCAUCCAGAUUCCGACGUCACUGCUGGCGAUGGUGGAUUCGUCGAUCGGCGGAAAAACGGCGAUUGACACGCCGGCGGGCAAGAACCUGGUGGGGGCAUUCUGGCAGCCGAAGCGGAUCUUCAUGGACAUGGCAGUUCUCAGCACGCUGCCAGCGCGCGAGUUCUCCAACGGCAUGGCCGAGGUGGUCAAGACGGCGGCGAUCUGGAGUCCCGAGGAGUUCGAUGUGCUGGAGGCCAGCGCCGAGAGCGUACGCAAGGCAGUGCUGCAGGGGCAGAGUGGCGAUGGGCUCGAGGGUCUGACGAUUGCAACCCGCUCCGAGGCCCAGAAGAUGCUGCUGCGGGUGAUUGCUGCGUCAGCCCGAGUCAAGGCGUAUGUGGUGACACACGACGAGCGCGAGUCGGGCAUGCGCGGGCUGCUGAACUUUGGCCACUCGAUCGGCCACGCUAUCGAGGCCAUUGUGUCGCCGCAGGUGCUGCAUGGCGAGUGCGUGGCCGUGGGCUGCGUGCUGGAGGCAGAGCUUUCCCGCCGCCUCGGCUACAUUGGCGAGGUCGGUGUGGCGCGGCUGACGCGCUGCCUGCGCGCCUACGGUCUGCCGACAGCCAUCGACGACCCGAUCAUCCGCAGGCUGGUGGGCGAUGCCAAGCUGAAGGAGGUGCGGCCGGCCCGGCUCAUGGAGGUGAUGCGUGUCGACAAGAAGAACGUCGGCACACAGAAGCGCAUUGUGCUGUUGAAGCGCCUCGGCGAAUGUGUGGAGCUCAAGCCCUCGAAUGUCGAUGACGCAAUGAUCGAGGAGGUGAUUUCGGCCGGCGUCCUGGUCAAGCCGGUUGGCGACUCAGCUAGCGGCUCGCCGGUGGUGGUGGUGCCACCUGGCAGCAAGUCGAUCUCGAACCGCGCGCUGGUUCUGGCGGCGCUGGGCUCGGGCGAGUGCCGCAUCCGCAACCUGCUGCAUUCCGACGACACCCAGGUGAUGCUGAGUGCGCUGCAGGACAUGGGCGGCUGUGGGUUCUCGUGGGAGGACGACGGCGACACGCUGGUGGUGCGUGGCGGCGGCGGCCAACUCAGCGUGCCGGGCAGCGAGCUGUAUCUGGGUAAUGCCGGCACGGCAGCACGCUUCCUGACGACGACGGUUAAUCUGAUCGGCGGGGAUUCCGGCGAAACGGUCCUGACCGGCAAUGCGCGCAUGAAGCAGCGCCCGAUCGGCCCGCUGGUCGACGCCCUGCGUGCCAACGGCUGCCAAAUCGUGUACGAGGAGAGCCAGGGAUCGCUGCCCCUACGCGUGACGCACACCGGCAAGGGAUUCCCGGGCGGCACGAUCGAGCUGGCGGCCACAGUCAGCUCGCAGUAUGUGUCCUCGAUUCUGCUGUCGGCGCCGUAUGCGCAGACGCCUGUGCAUCUGGUUCUUGUCGGCGGCAAGGUGAUCUCGCAGCCGUAUAUUGACAUGACGAUAGCCAUGAUGGCCCAGUUUGGCGUCAAUGUCGAGCGUGUGUCGGAGAAGGAGUAUCUGAUUCCAACCAUGCCGUACACCAACCCGGCCGAGUAUGUUGUGGAGAGCGAUGCUAGCUCGGCUACGUACCCGCUGGCAUUUGCUGCCAUCACCGGGUCGACGGUCACGGUGCCGAACAUCGGCUCGGCAUCGCUGCAGGGAGACGCGCGGUUCGCUGUGGAUGUGUUGCGGCCCAUGGGCUGCACGGUCGAGCAGACCGCCACAUCGACUACAGUGACCGGCCCGGCACGCGGCGUGACGCGGAUCCGCGGCAUUGCCAACCAGCAUGUCAAGGAGUGCGAUCGCAUUGCGGCCAUGUGCGACGAGCUGGCUAAGUUUGGCGUCACAUGCGAGAACCAUGCCGACGGUAUCGACGUCCACGGAGUCAGGAUCAGCGAUCUGGGUCCGGUUUCUCCUAGUGUGCACUGCUACGACGACCACCGCGUGGCCAUGAGCUUCUCGAUUUUGUCGUGCGUGGCUCCGCUGGGCGCUGAGAUCCGUGAGCGCCGGUGUGUUGGCAAGACGUGGCCGCAGUGGUGGGACGUGCUAGCCCGCGAUCUGGGCGCGCCCACCGCCGGUUCGGAUCCCGAGCCGCUCGAAGCUGAGCACAAGGAGACGGCCGUGGCAGCCAAGCCCAGCAUUGUCAUCAUUGGCAUGCGCGGCGUUGGCAAGUCGACACUAGGUCAGGCAGCAGCUGAGGCUCUGGGCCUUGAGUUUGUUGACAUGGACGCGUACCUGGAGAGCAAAAUCAGCAAGACCAUCCCCGAAAUCAUCAAAGCUGACGGCUGGCCAGCCUUCCGCGACCACGAGCGUGCCAUGCUUGUGCAGGCACUGGAGCAGGAGCAUCCAGAGGGUGCUGUGAUUGCCUGCGGCGGAGGUGUAGUCGAGAGCGAGCAGAACCGGGCGUAUCUGAAACAGUACGCCAAGACCGGCGGCGCCGUCGUGUGCCUGACGCCCAACAUGAAGCACGUGGCCGAGUACCUGGAGCAGGACAAGACCCGCCCGGCAUAUGCCAUCACCAGCGAUAUCUAUGAGGUGUACCAGAAACGCCGCCCGCUGUACGCCGAGUGCUGCAACUACGAGUUCCUGGUGGACAAGUCGCUGGUAGCUAAUGCGUGGCCAGUGAUUGAGCGGGACUUUGUGCGGCUGCUGAAUUUUGCCACUGCGCGCAGCCUCAACCGCGUCGAUCUCAGCAGCCCGUCGUUCUUUGUCUCACUGACUGCUGACGACGUGCGUGCAUACCUGCCUGAUACCCUGGGUGACGUCACUGCCGGAUCACAGGCCAUCGAGAUGCGUGCGGACUUGUUGCUCAACAACCAGCAGUUUGCUGCAGCCGACCUGAGGCAGCCAGACGUGCAGGAGGCCUUUGUCGAGUACGUGCAGUCGCAGUUCACUCUGCUGCGUCACAGCUCAAGCCUACCGGUUGUGUUCACAGUGCGUACCGAGCCGCAGGGCGGCAGGUUCCCGGGCUCGGCUGAUGCCCUGCGCUCCCGGCUGCUGCACCUGGCGGUGCGCUGGGGCGCCGAGUAUGUCGACGUGGAAAUCGACAACAUUGUGGCCGCCAAAGUGUUUGCAGGAAAGCAAAACUCGCUGGUGAUCUCCUCGUACCACGACACUGCAGGCACCAGGCUGACAUGGACUGACUGCGAGUUUGCCAACGAGAUCCUGGCCCGUGGCCGUGCGUGCGGCGACAUUGUCAAGCUGAUCUCCGUGGCCAAUGCGUGGGAGGACAACUUGAAGUGCCUGCAGUUCACGCAGAGGCACCACUCGGCUGCUGCUCCGCUGAUUGCGCUCAACAUGGGCUAUACUGGCCAGAUGUCGCGCGUGCUGUGCCCGUGCCUGACGCCGGUCACCCACCCGGCACUGACGGCAGCCGCGGCGCCUGGCCAGAUCAGCGUGCAGGAAAUUAGCCAGGCGCGCUCACUGAUGGGCAAACUGCCGGCCCGCAGCUUCUACCUGUUUGGCACGCCAAUCCAGCACUCGCCGAGCCCUGCCAUGCACAACGCUGGCUUUGCUGCCCUGGGUCUGCCGCACAUGUACCGUCUGAACGAGACAUCCUCUGCUGACCCACUCAAAGCGGUGAUUGCUGCGGCUGAUUUUGGCGGCGCCUCGGUCACGAUCCCGUACAAGCAGGAGAUCAUCCCGAUGCUGGACGAGCUGACCGACGCGGCCCAGACGAUCGGCGCUGUCAAUACCGUUAUUCCAGAGAUCCGCAACGGGAAGCGCGUGCUGGUCGGCGACAACACUGACUACCUGGGCAUCUGCGGCUGCCUGGAGCGUGCGCGGGCAACCGCCGGUACGCAGAAGUUCACCUCUGCCACUGCUUUGGUCAUUGGCGCCGGCGGCACCUCUCGCGCUGCGCUCUAUGCGCUCUACACUCUGGGCGUUCGCAAUGUCGCACUAUUCAACCGCACUGCUUCGCGCGCCCACCAGCUGGCCAACGAAUUCUCAGGCCUGCUGAAUGUCUCUGUGGUUGGGCAGUUGCUGGAUGCCGCUGAGCUGAAGCCGACGUAUAUUAUUGGCACCAUCCCCGGAUGCGACUUGGUGAUCCCCGAGCAGCUGUUUGGCGAGAACGGCGUUGCUUUGGAUAUGGCGUAUAAGCCGCGGUGGACGCCGCUGCUGGAGACUGCGCAGAGAAACAAAUGGAAUGUCGUGCACGGCGUCGAGGUGCUGGUGGAGCAGGGUGUGCAUCAGCUGGCCAAGUGGACAAAGCUGAGUCCGCCUGUCCGCAUCAUGCGUGAGGCAGUUUAUAGCAAGUACGACGCCGAGUUCUAA